CCCCCUCUCUCUCUCUCUCUCCUUUUUUUUCCCAUGGACACCACAACACAUCGUGUUGUUUUCUUUGUACGUUUUCUCGGGGAUUACAGCCGCAGUGACUCCCGGUGACCAUCGUCAAGUCUCUUGGGUUUCUCUGACUGAGAGCCUAAAAUUUUUUUUUUGUUUCGGAGGAGUCGGCUAUGAGAUCCGAGCGGCUCGACUGCUCGGGAUGGUUUUGUGGUGAACCAACCCAGAGAAACACUACUGUAUUUCCUGUGCAGUUUCCAAUCUCGAAAGUUACCACCGACUGAGUGGCUGUUUGCAUUUUAUUGCUUUCCCACGAGUCGGUCCGCUUUGGGGGUCUGGCUCUCUCUUUUUUUCUCCCCCCCUCUCCCCUCUCCCCUCUCUCUCUCUCUCUCUCUCACUCUCUCUCUCUCGCCUGUCGAGAGAUUUCCUUUUGAACAACCGUGAAGAGAGUGUCUUGUGUUGAAGAAAGAGAGAGAGAGAGAGAGAGACCACAGUCGAGGAUGUAUCCACAAGGCAGACAUGCAGUGGCACAUCAGCCGGGUCAACCGUUUAAGUUCACGGUGGUGGAAACAUGUGAUCGCAUCAAAGAAGAAUUCCAGUUCUUGCAAGCUCAGUAUCACAGCCUGAAGAUGGAGUGUGACAAACUGGCCAAUGACAAGACGGAGAUGCAGAGACAUUACGUCAUGUAUUACGAAAUGUCCUACGGGCUGAACAUUGAAAUGCACAAACAGGCUGAGAUCGUGAAGAGGCUCAGUACAAUCUGUGCGCAACUCAUUCCUUUCCUCUCCCAGGAGCACCAGCAGCAGGUGGUGCAGGCGAUAGAACGGGCGAAGCAAGUGACGAUGGGGGAGCUGAACGCUAUCAUCGGGCAUCAUCACUUACAGCAACAGCAGCUCCAGCACCUGUCCCAUCACGUGCCGCCCAUCCCCCUGACCCCCCACCCCUCGGGCCUGGCCGCUGCAGGGGUCACCGCCAUGGGCGGGGGCUCCGGUCUCCUGGCCCUGUCCAGCGGUCUGGGGGCACACGCCCACCUCGUCAUGAAGGAUGAGAAGAACCACCUGGACAUGGACCCUCACCGAGAUCCGGAGCGAGAGCGAAGCAGAAGCAAGUCUGUCUCGCCCACCGACAGCCUGAGAGGAGACAGAGGCUCACUCGAUUACAGCAGCGACGUGAAAAAGCGUAAAUGCGAAGACAAAGACUCGGUGGGAAGAUACGACAGCGACGCGGAGAAAAGCGACGACAACUUAGUGGUGGACGUCUCCAACGAGGACCCGUCCUCUCCGCAGCCCAGCCCGCCUCACUCUCCCCGGGGUAACGGGCUGGAGAAGUUCCACGUGUUGAGGAAAGAGGCCCCGGGGAGCCCGGCAUCGCUGGCCUCCUCCCGCAGCACCCCCCCCGCCAAAGCCAAGGAACCCCCCGGCUUGAACGAGAAAGCCAGCACCCCGGUGUCCAAGCCGGUCACCCCCACCCCUCGCAGCGACUCACUGACCCCAGGGCCCAGCUCCGCCCCUCGCCUCCGCCAGAUCAGCAGCAAAGCCUCUGCGGACGUGCUGGCCCUGAGGAGCCCGCUGACGGUGCCCAGUCCGUAUUCCACGCCCUUCGCUAUGAUGUCUCACGCGGGGAUGAACGGGGAACUGCCGAGCCCAGGGGCCUACGCCAGCCUCCACAUCUCCCCACAGCUCAGCACCGCUGCCGUGUACGGGCGGUCUCCCCUGGUGGCCUUUGACUCUCACCCUCACAUGCGGACUUCGGGUCUUCCCGGGAGCAUCCCGAACAUCACCGGGGGGAAACCGGCGUAUUCGUUCCACGUGAGCGCCGACAGCCAGAUGCAGCCGGUGCCGUUCCCCCCGGACGCGCUCCUGGGCCCCGGAAUCCCGCAGCACGCCCGGCAGAUCAACAGCCUGAGCCACGGCGAGGUGGUCUGUGCUGUGACCGUCAGCAACCCCAUGCGGCACGUCUACACGGGGGGCAAGGGCUGCGUGAAGGUUUGGGACAUCAGCCAACCCGGCAGCAAGAGCCCCGUCUCCCAGCUCGACUGUCUGAACCGAGACAAUUACAUCCGCUCCUGUAAGUUGCUGCCCGACGGCCGGACCCUGAUCGUGGGGGGGGAGGCCAGCACCCUGUCGAUCUGGGACCUGGCGGCCCCCACCCCCAGGAUCAAGGCCGAGCUGACCUCCUCGGCCCCCGCCUGCUACGCCCUGGCCAUCAGCCCCGACGCCAAGGUCUGCUUCUCCUGCUGCAGCGACGGCAACAUCGCUGUCUGGGAUCUGCACAACCAGACGCUCGUCAGGCAGUUCCAGGGCCACACAGACGGGGCCAGCUGUAUCGACAUCUCCAACGACGGGACCAAACUGUGGACCGGAGGCCUGGACAACACUGUGCGCUGCUGGGACCUGAGGGAGGGCCGACAACUUCAGCAACACGACUUCACUUCCCAGAUUUUCUCCCUGGGAUACUGUCCCACCGGGGAGUGGUUGGCUGUGGGGAUGGAGAGCAGCAAUGUGGAGGUUCUGCACGUCAACAAACCCGACAAAUACCAGCUCCAUCUCCACGAGAGCUGUGUGCUCUCCCUCAAGUUUGCCUAUUGCGGCAAGUGGUUUGUCAGCACGGGGAAAGACAACCUGUUGAAUGCAUGGCGGACACCAUACGGGGCCAGUAUAUUCCAGUCCAAGGAAUCAUCCUCUGUGCUGAGCUGUGACGUGUCUGUGGACGAUAAGUACAUAGUGACCGGCUCGGGAGACAAGAAAGCCACGGUGUACGAGGUCAUUUACUGAGCGGGACUGACCAGAGCUGUUCGACCAUCUCGCGACGUGUGAACAGGACAUUGCUGACCGAUCAGCCACUGCCCACGUGUUGAUCUAUAGCAGGGAGAUGGGUGGGUGGGUGGGGGGGGGGGGGAAGCCGUCAUAGUUAUGGUGAUGAUGAUGUUUUCUUCCCCUUCGAGCAAAACAACAAACUUGGCCUCUGGUCUGUACGAGAACUGGCUGUUUGCGCGUGAUAUUUGUGAAAAGUGUACAGAUUUUUUUUUGAGAGGAAAUAACAUUAUUUGGAGAUUGGA